CAACACCAGGGCAUCUCCAUCUUAGUUUGCUGCUGUGUGCUUUGGCUGGCCGCGGAUCAGAAGCAGGAGUUUGUAGCUGAUUGUUCCUCGCAGGGCUGUCUGUGUUUGUUAUGUGACAGGUGGGACGGAGAACAGCCGAGCAUUAGACCGAGAAUGGGAAGAGGAGCCAACUGUAGCUGGGUUGGGCCUGAGAUCCCUCUGUCGUCACAGAUCUUCAGUAUCCUUAAAGACGAACUGUGGCUCUUCCUGAUCCCGGCCGGCCUGGCUGCCAUCUUACUGGCCGUGUUCCUGGAGGAGGUGGGCUUCUUCUUGCGCCACAUCCCCUCGUCCAGACGGAGACGCCUCUGCCUGUGGAUAUUAGGAAUGUACCCGGUCUUUGCCUUGACCUCCCUUAUAGCGCUGUAUGUGCCGCGCUCUUCCUCACUGUGUAAUUUCAUCGCCUCACUGUAUCACUCCAUCACCUUGCUGAAGUUCAUGGGACUGAUCACAGACUUCUUUGGAGGGAAAGCUCGUAUGCUGGCUGCUCUGUCAGGACAGCACGUAUCUCCAGACCCUUUCCCCUGCUGCUGCUGCUGCUGUCUGCCAAUGGUGACCAUCACCCGCAGCCGCGGCUGGAUGCUGGCUGCUGUGUUGCAGCUCUCUGUCAUCCGCAGCAUCCUGUUCUUCGUCACACUGGUCCUGUGGACAGAUGAACAGUAUGACUACGGUGAUGUGAAUUCUGUCAACCCCAACUUGUAUGUGAACGCUAUAAUAGGUAUGUCAACCUUCGUGUCCUUCUACGGCCACUUGCUCUUUUAUAAAGCCACCAAGAGUGCGUUACAUGGCUACGGACUGAGAGCCAAGUUCAUCUGCAUCAUCGUGGUGUUGGUGCUGUGUGGCCUGCAGAGUGGCAUCUUAGAGACCAUGGGUGCUCUGGAGGUUAUCCCCUGCACACCACCCUUCUCUGUGCUGGCCAGGUCACAGUUGAUCUACCACUACUGUGUGAUUGUGGAGAUGUUCUGCAUCGGCCUAUAUGCCCGCCACACUUUCCGUAAGGUGGAGCCAAGCGUGCUGGAGGAUGUGGGGCCCAUCAGUGUUUGGCAGAUGGAAAAGGCUGUUCAAACAGACGAUGUUCAGAUGACACAUCACAAACCUGGCCAGCUCCGCUGCGGCCUCGUCAGUGCCUCCAAUCCCAGCUACAGCAGUGACAGCGAGGACAACCUGUGCAGGAUUGAGCAUGCACCUCUGGAUGGUUUUGCCUUCCCCCAGGCCAGAGGUCAGCAAGUAGCCAGGACAGAACCAGGGGAACCCUGGUCUGCCGAGGACCGUGGUUUACAUCUGAGCCAUAUUACUGUGAGGGCUGAUAUUAACUAUCAGGACUCUAAGGAUGUCACUGUGGUUUGACAAGCU